AUGGAUGCCCCUAGCCAGCGGCCAGGCGCCUCACGAGCCUCUAGGUUGCCAGUUCCUCGCGCGUCGGGCAUCCCUCGACUUACCUUUUCGACCGCUAUACCGAGCUCUUCGACUGCAUCCCCAGCUCGUACUCUGCCUGCUGCGCCCACGGGUCCUGCUGGCACCCAUGAGCUUCACAACCCCAAAGUGCGCAAGUCGCUUGGCGGGACACCUCUCAGAGCAGCUGGUUCGCGAGAGCAGCUGCGCACGGCAAGUGUCAGUCGCCCACUAGCCCAGAGCCCUGCUUUGACACGCGUAUCGUCAACUUCGCAGAGACGUACAAGCCUCUUCGUUGACCGAGUUCCCAGCAGGGCCUCCGCCGCGGCCGACCGUGAUGUCAACGAUCUCGCAGGCAGCCGCCGGGCCAGUCGAGCCGGCCUACUACCAGACGAUGACGAUACCUCACCGGUCCAAGAAUACACACCCUAUAACCCUACAGAAGACACAAUCUACCUGAAAACGCCUAAUACCCAGUCAACCAAGCCUCGGCCAUCAUUGUCUGAACGCACAAUGGAGACCCUCGCCAACAUCCCUUCCUCUCCAGCGAUGAACAGAAAACCUUCGUCAAUCUUGGACCAAGCCCGACCUCGCUCCCGCUCGGGCAGUGUCAGCUCCCGACCUGGCUCCAGCUAUAACUCUGACGGGUCAGGACGGCCACAGUCGAGGUCGUCAAGUCGCCCAGGUUCCAGAGCUGAAAACGAUGGAUAUCCUGGUGCCUACAAAUCCGCCCUUUCUACAAUUGACGGCACUCCCGAGAGAGAAAAGCAUAGAGGCCCGGUCAGAACGCCAAACUCUCGCAUCAGCAUGAAACCCUCCUUGGCCUCAGCCUCAAGACCACUACCUUUUGACAGAAGCCCAAGUCCCGACAAACAAUCUACACAAACGUUACUCAAGUCGCGACCCGCGCCUGCGAAAUCACUCAAGUCUAAGGCAUCUUCAAAUGGUCUCUUCAAGAAACCAGCUCUGCCAGCAGCUGCUAGAAACACACCCGGCUCGGAAUCGGGAGAUCAAUCUUGGGAUGGUGCCAUUGCACCACUAACCAUUACGAAAACCCGCGGCAACGCCUCAGAAGAUCGUCCAGGUCUUGCACAUAGAAAGUCGUCUGCUGCGCUCCGCGAUCAAAUUGCCAAAGCAAAAGCGGCCAGAAAAGCUUCCACAAAGUUAGAUACAACCUCCAACACUGAUUUCGCUCCUAUAUCAAUGGGAAGUGGCAGCAUAGAGUUUGACAUUGAGGAACACCCCGAUCCUUUCGGCCAGAACAAAAGUGAACCAGCCAGCGCCAAGGUGCUCCAACAGCGCAUCGCCGCCGGCCGAACCACCGGCCGUCUCAACAUUGCUGCACUUGGUCUCAAGGAGAUGCCCAUCGAAGUUCUCAACAUGUACAACCUAGAGUCAAUGUCCGGUGGUGGAACUUGGGCAGAGAGCGUCGAUUUGACUCGCCUCGUCGCUGCCGACAAUUCAUUCGAGACUCUGGACGACGUCUUGUUCCCCGAUGUGAUGCCCACUGAAUUUGAUAUGGACAACGACGAUGAUGCCACGCCCAACAUUUUCGGUGGCUUGGAAACCAUGGACUUGCAUGGCAACAAACUCGCAGCUGUGCCUAUUGGGUUUCGCCGCUUGAGCCAACUGACAUCUCUUAACCUGUCGAAAAAUAACCUUGACUCAAACUGUCUUCAAAUAUUGUCUCAAAUGACCGCCCUGAGAGACUUGAAGCUCGCGAGCAAUAACCUUUCCGGGCCGUUGAAUGCGGCGAUUUCUCUGCUCGAUGGCCUGGAGGUCCUGGACCUUCAUGAUAACAAAUUAUCGAGCCUUCCUCAAGAUAUGCACAAGAUGACGCGCCUACGGAUCCUGGACUUAGGCGAGAACAGUUUUGAAGCUGUUUCGUUUGCUGAUCUUGCCGACCUGCCUCUAAGCCAACUGGUGCUCCGCAAGAACAAGCUGACGGGUACAUUGAUUGAAGCUCCCAUCGAGGAAAUGCGCACACUGCAGACUCUCGACAUCUCAUGCAAUCAAAUCAAAUAUUUGAUGCCAUCCGCCACGAUAAUCAGCUUUCCGGCUUUGCACACACUGUCAGCGUCAAUGAAUAGGCUACAGGAGCUUCCCGAUAUGUCAUCUUGGUCAAGCUUGCUCACUUUGACCCUUGAUGAAAAUGGCAUUGCGGCUAUUCCUGAAAGCUUCAUGAGUCUCACGAAGCUUCGACAGGUUGACUUUUCUGGAAACGACAUUCGCGUAGUGCCUCCAGAGCUGUCGAGAAUGGACAGCCUGUCCAUGAUUCGACUAAGCGGCAACCCACUUCGUGACAAGAAAUUCGUCACCGCCACGACCGACGAGCUGAAAGAGAUUCUGGCUGGCAGAUUGGAACCGCCGCCUCCGUAUCAAGAGCAGAGUGAGACUGUAGUCGGCCUCAUGGGGAAGCUGGCGGAAGCCGACAUAUAUCAGGCCACGACCAGGCAUAUUGUGGAUGACGAUGCCAAGUCUGAUGCCGAAGACGAUUUCACCACACCUCCAACCUCACGCCCCCAUUCGCCAUCACGCUCUCGCUCGCAAACUAUGGAUAGCAUUCAAACACAGUUUCACAUGCCCGUGCUGGAAGACUGGCAAGUCAGACCUGGCGGAGUCCUCGACCGAUCUCGGACGGGUAGUUCCGUGCUGGAUGCCGUCAAGUUUGGCGAGGCCAAUGAUAAGCAAGCGAUCAAACAACUCCUUCUUCACCACAAUCUUUUUUCUGCCAUACCUGACAGUUUGGCGAUUGUUGCGAGAAGCCUCACAUCGCUUUCUUUGGCAAACAACCAGCUUGCUGGCGCUACUUAUCUGCAGCAACCCCUCCAUCUGCCUGCGCUGAAGGAGCUCAAUCUGAUGGCCAACAGAAUUACGUCGCUAGAGUCACUUCUGGAGCACCUUGAUGCGCCUUCUCUCGAGACAAUCGACAUUUCUACGAAUCGCCUUACGUGCCUACCUAAUGGUCUCUUGGACAAAUUCCCACGGUUACGUGUAUUGCUUGCAAGCAACAACCAAAUCUCGGAACUUCGUCCAGACUCGAUCAAGGGCUUGAAAAUCAUUGAAGUUGCCAGCAACGAGAUUGCACAGCUGGAUCCCAGGAUAGGACUCCUUGGGGGUGUCAACGGCCUCGAGCGUCUUGAUGUGUCUGGCAAUAGAUUCAAGGUACCUAGGUGGAACAUUUUGGAGCAAGGAACCCACGCGACACUGCACUGGCUACGCGGGCGCGUUCCAGAACAGGAGAUUGAGCGCUGGCGAGAGCAAAAUGGAGAAGACGAUUAG